AAGGGAUGUCUCCACAACAAUAUGUAUUACCACUGAUUCUCAGUGUUUGCAGAGCACAUGUAUGCAGGAAAUGUAACAGCUUGACUCUGAUGUGAAAAGACAGCAAGGAAGAGAGUCAGAAUAUUUUAAGUUACCGUUGAAAGAAACUUUAUGAGUCACAGACGAUGGAGUUCAACACGACGGUCUUGGUUGCCAUCCUGGCGGCGGUCAUGGGGUACUUCACCUCCAGUUACUGGAUGAAGUUUUUCCGGAAACCACCACGAGUGGAAGGGUUUUUCAGGCCAGAGUUUAGACCUGUAGCCGAAAGAUUUCGGAAAAAUAUGGAGUCGGGUUUGGAAAGCGGUGGGACAUUCGCAGCUUAUGUCAAUGGUGAGCUUGUUGUGGAUAUGUGGGGAGGCUUCACGGACUAUGAGCUUCAUCACUACUGGAAAAACUACACAGUCGGCAAUGUGGCGUCCGUGACCAAACUUGUGGCAUCAAUAACAUUUGCAAAGUUGGUCGAUAACGGUCACGUCAGUUAUGACAAGCCAGUCAGUGACUACUGGCCCGAGUUUGCGCAGAACGGGAAAAGUCAGGUGACGGUCAGGAUGUUGCUGAGCCAUCAGGCAGGUGUAAUUGGACUUAGUGUGCCCCUGACCCCGGAGAUGAUUCGCGAUGACUGGGAAAGAGUGGAAGAAAUUCUGGCGGAACAAAAGCCGCUUUUUGAACCAGGUGCAGGCACUGCCUAUCAUGCCUACACGUUUGGGUUGUACAUUGACGCUCUUGCCAGGAAAGUUGAUCCCAAACAUCGUCGACUGUAUCAAAUUUUUGCGGAGGACAUAGCGGAACCAUUUGAUAUCGAUUUCUCCAUCGGGUUACGGAAGCCUGAGCAAUAUCGAGUGGCCCGUGAGAGUCGUCAGAGCCUUUUUAGACAGCUUUGGGACGCGCUGUCGGCGCCAGACUACCACCGCUUGGUCCUAUCUGUUAUUUUUCGACAAAACCCGCUAUUUGAAGCCAAUAAUCUGAGCAUUAAAGAUGCCGAUAAACCUGGCAAAUGGGACGAUCCAGACAGCAAAGAAAUUCCUUAUUGUUCAGGACAAGGCUUUGGCACAGCCAGAUCAUUGGCUAAGCUGACCGGAAUUUUAGCCAAUGGCGGAACAUAUCAAGGAAGACAACUGCUGAGUGCUGACGUCAUGGACGACUUAAGCAGUGUGGCUGUUUCAGGUUACGACAUGGCGCUGAAAAGGCCGGUCAGGAGAGGAUCAGGUGUCUGGAUUGUCAAAAACCCGUGGGGAGAUGAUGUGUUCGGUCACCCUGGUUUCGGAGGUCAGAUGUCAUACGUUGACCGGAAGAACAAGGUCGGCUUGGCGUACAUCACCAACCAUUUCUCCGUUUUCAGUUUGGGAGACGAUCCAAGGUUCCGGGCGAUGGAGGAAAUGUUCUACAGAUGUGUGGAUAGCAUGCCUUAACAGCACAACAAAGCCAGACUCAUGAAGACACAUGUAAUACUCAUUUGUACGCCCAGGAAUCUCUUAUGGUUAGCAGGUGCACGUAUUUAUACGUCUAAGUUCUCAGGGUCAGAAAAUGUGGUCAUAUUCUUUGAAGGCCAGUAUGUGACCUUUAAAUGUAAAUCUUCUUUGUCGUCAUGUGGACUGGUGUAGAACUCUACGUUCUCAUGGUCAGUCCAUGCGUGAUCUGGCAUAAUGGUCUACGUCCUUGUGGUUAGUAGAACAAGUAAACUCUACGUUCUCAUGGUCAACAUGUGGACUGGCAUAAAGCUCUACGUUCUCAUGGUCAGCAUGUGGACUGGCAUAAAGCUCUACGUUCUCGUGGUCAGCAUGUGGACUGGCGUAAAGC